AUGGUGCCAGCAAAGGAGUUGCCAUCUGGGGAACUAGCUAUGCCUUUAGGUGACCACCUCACAGCGGCCACCAGGGAAAAGAUAUUACGGGGAGAGUACAUAGAUGUAUUUUCCUUGUUAUUCAGGGAGCUGGAUAAAAAAGAUAGAGAAGAUUUGGAUGAAUGGGACAAAGAGCAUUUGAAGCACCGCAGCGUAGAUAGAAUCUAUGCUAAUUGGUACCUCUGCUUUUUAAUCUAUGCUGGGGUGAUUAUUAGGGUGCAGCCUGGAAGGGCUUCAUCUCUGCUCCAGUAUAUGGACAUAAUCCACAAAGGUUAUUCGGACUUUGCUGGGUCCGCUUGGAUGGAAUAUGAUAAGGCCUUCCAGAUGAAGACCGCUAUGUACCCGGCACUCCGCUGGGACCUAAUCCAUCCACAUAUCUGGAUGCAGACGAUGUCCCUGGCCAGGCCUAUGUUAGGGGAGCAUUCUGACAGCAGACAUGUAGUGAAAAGAGUUAAUGCAGCUAAUGCAGGAGCUCCAUGUUCCCAGGGUGGCCAGGCAAUCCAAAGACGCCCUUUGUGUUGGGAGUUUUCCUCACAGGCUCGCAACAUGCCGAGCUACCUGAUUCCGAGGACUAUCCCAUACCUCUACCGGAGACAGUUGGCAACCAUCGUUCAGUUCCAUACAGAAGCUGUCAGUUAUCAGGUUCAGUUCAAGGCACGUGUGAACCCAAUCAAUGUCAUGCCACCAAUACAAGCUAUAGAUCAGGACCGAAACAUCCAGCCUCCUUCUGAUCGGCCAGGAAUUCUCUAUUUCAUCCUAGUAGGAACCCCUGAGGAUUAUGCACAGUAUUUCAGUAUGAAUGUGACGACAGCUGAGCUCAGGCUCCUCAAGCCAAUAAACAGGGAUUUUCACCAGAAAUUUGAUUUGGUUGUUAAGGCAGAACAAGAUAAUGGCCAUCCUCUUCCUGCCUUUGCCAACCUACACAUUGAAGUUCUGGAUGAAAACAAUCAGUACCCUUACUUCACAGAAUCUAUGUAUGAGGGCUUUAUUCUCGAGUCGUCCCCUGUGGGCACAACUAUUGCUGAUAAUCAGAAUUUGACAUCUGCACUGCAAAUCAUAGCUUUGGAUAACGACAUAGAAGAGACAAAGGAUCCUGAGCUCCAUCUUUUCCUAAAUGACUACAAUACGUUUUUCACUGUGACUCAGACUGGCAUAACACGCUACCUCACCUUACUUCAACCAGUUGACAGGGAGCUUCAACAGCUGUACACCUUUUCGAUGACAGCUUCCGAUGGUGUGCAAGAAAGCCUACCAGUCACAGUCAAUAUCAUUGUGAUUGAUGCAAAUGAUAACACUCCAGCCUUCUCCAACAUAUCAUACAAUGUCAAGAUUUACACAGACAUGAGGCCUGGAGAAAGUGUCAUCAAGCUCACUGCCAUGGAUGCAGAUGAAGGGCCAAAUGGGCAAAUCAGAUAUGAAAUUCUGGCUGGGGAUCAGGGCGACUUCAUAAUCAAUGAACAAACGGGCCUCAUCACCAUUGCGUCUGGAGUUGUGUUGUCCGUAGGACGUUCUUAUGCCCUCACUGUCAAAGCAUCUGACAAUGCUCCACUUGCACAGAGAAGGAGCUCCAUCACUACCGUUUACAUUGAGGUCCUUCCUCCAAACAAUCAGAGCCCUCCUCGCUUCCCCCAGCUGAUGUACAGUCUCGAAAUCAGUGAGGCUAUGAGAAUUGGUGCCAUUUUGCUAAAUUUGCAGGCAACUGAUCGAGAGGGUGACCCUAUAACGUAUGUCAUCCAGAAUGGAGAUCCCCAGCAAGUAUUUAACCUUUCUCGAACAUCGGGGCUGCUAGCCUUAGGAAAGCCUUUAGACAGAGAAAGCACUGAUCGCUACAUUUUGAUUGUUACAGCCUCAGAUGGCCGACCAGAUGGGACAUCAACUGCUACAGUGAAUGUAGUUGUAACGGAUGUAAAUGAUAAUGGCCCAGUCUUUGAUCCUUUUCUUCCUAAGAACGUUACAGUACAAGAAGAGGAAGCCAAUGCAUUUGUUGGUCAAGUAAGGGCUACUGACCCUGAUGCCGGGAUCAAUGGUCAAGUACGCUAUAGUUUGGCAAACUUCAACAACCUUUUUCGCAUCACAUCUAAUGGCAGUAUUUAUACAUCGGUGAAGCUAAACAGAGAGAAAAGGGACUAUUACGAACUCAUUGUUGAAGCAACAGAUGGAGCUGUAGAUGCCCGUCGUACAACAUUAACUCUAGGAAUCAAAGUCCUGGAUAUAGAUGACAACAGCCCAGUGUUCACUAAUGCCUCCUAUACAGUGUCUAUUCCUGAAAACCUGGCCCUGGGCACAGUCUUCCUUCGUUUAGAGGCUAAAGAUGUUGACCUUGGGUCAAAUAUUACUUAUGGAAUAAGAACCCAAGAAGCACGAAAGUUUUUUUCCUUGAACAAGUUUACUGGGGAACUCUCACUUUUAAAGCCCUUGGAUUUUGAAUCAUUUGCUGACACAGAUGCAACUUUCACAUUUUUAGUGGAGGCCUUUGAUAUCGGUGGAACAAUGCCUCCAGGUCUUGCUACAGUGACAGUGAGAAUACGGGAUAUGAAUGAUUACUCCCCAGUAUUUAGCAAACCCCUGUACAGGGGAAUGGUCGCUCCUGAUGCAAUCAAGGGCACUGUUAUCACAAAAGUUUCAGCUGAGGAUCAGGACCCUCCGGGGACACCAGCAAGUCUAGUGAGAUAUAAAGUCGAUGUUGUCCAGUUCCCUUAUAGUGCAAGUAUCUUUGAUGUUGAAGAAGAUUCUGGACGUGUAGUGACUCGUGUCAACCUUAACGAAGAGCCCAGCACAUUAUUUAAGCUUGUAGUCAUUGCCUAUGAUGAUGGUGACCCUGUGAAGUUCAACACCACCACUGUAGAAAUUUCUGUAUUGCAGCCCUCGGUAAUUCCACGGUUUACCCAGGAUGAGUACAGGCCCCCUCCUGUGAGCGAAGGUGCACCCAAAGGAACUCAGGUGGCUGUUAUAACUGCUGCUGCCUUGAAUCAAACAAUCAUCUAUUCCAUUGUUUCAGGAAAUGAAGGUGGUAUAUUUUCCAUUAAUAACAGGACAGGUGUCAUCUCGAUAAAUAAAUCUCUGGACUAUGAAACUGUGAAAAACUAUGUGCUUCGUGUGCAAGCGGAUUCACUACAAGUGAUUCGGACCAAUUUGCCUGUGCCAUCUAAAAGUAAUACUGCCAAGGUGAUCAUUGAAGUACAGGAUGAAAAUGACCACGCUCCUGUCUUCACUAAAAAACUCUACAUAGGAGGCGUGUCUGAAGAUAAUAGAAUGUUUGCUGCUGUGAUGAAAGUGAAGGCUACUGAUAAAGACACUGGCAACUUCAGUGCUAUGCAGUACAGGCUCAUCAUCCCACCAAUCAAGGAUGGCAAGGAGGGCUUUGUGAUUGAGCCCUACACGGGGAUCAUCAAGACAGCCAUGCUCUUCAAAAACAUGAGGCGGUCUUAUUUCAAGUUUCAGGUCAUUGCAACUGAUAACUAUGGUAAAGGGCUGAGCAACAAAUCAGAUGUGCUGGUCUCUGUCGUCAACCAGUUGGAUAUGCAGGUCAUUGUCUCAAAUGUUCCUCCUACCCUUGUGGAACAAAGCAAGGAUCAACUGAUAGGGAUUUUGGAGCGCUAUGUUCAAGACCAGAUUCCUGGUGCAAAAGUUGUGGUAGAAUCCAUUGGUGCUCGUAGAUAUGGAGAUGGUUAUUCAGAAGAAGACUAUUCAAAAUCUGAUCUCAUGGUCUAUGCCAUUGAUCCUCAAACAAACCGUGCUAUAAUGAGGAAUGAGCUUUUCAAAUUUCUAGAUGGCAAACUUCUGGAUAUCAAUAAAGAGUUUCAGCCAUACCUUGGCCAGGGAGGACGCAUUUUGGAAAUCCGCACUCCAGAUGUGGUGGCCAAUGUCAAGAAGCAGGCGCAAGCCGUAGGCUACACGGAAGGGGCAUUGCUGGCUCUGGCUGUCAUCAUCAUCCUUUGCUGCAUGCCUGCUAUCUUAAUAGUUAUGGUCAGCUACAGACAAUUUAAAGAGAGGCAGGCUGAAUGUGCAAAGACAGCUCGAAUCCAGAUGGCCUUACCAGCUGGCAAGCCGGCAAGUGCUCCUGCUACUAAUCUGUAUGAAGAACUCGGUGACAGUACCAUGCGAGGCUAUGCACAGCAAGAGCAACAGCAACUGUUAAGGCCUGCUCUUCUCCGACCAGAGGAGCUCUCUAUGGAGUCUGGUAUAGAUCCUGGCCAAGAGUACUAUGGACAAGAUUACUACAGUUAUGAACAUGGGUACGAAUUGCCUCAAUACGGAAGUCGUCGACGAUUGUUGUCUCCUUCUGGGAUGUAUGACGAAUAUGGUGAAGUUGUCGUGGAGGGCGAUGGUGGCUUCUAUUACAGUCCACAGGGACCAGAAGCUGAGAGAAGGAGACCAGGUCCUCUUGUUGCAGGCAGAGGUCUAAGCCACAGACCAGUGCCUCGCGUAGCUGUUAGUGCUGUAGGUGAAAGGAAGGCUGUAACAGAAGGGGCCCCCCAGGGCAGAAGGAAACUAAAAGCAGUGAUGCAGCUCAGCCGAGUAGCGGUUAGCACCCACAAACCUGUAGCAGCGGUUGAGGUUGCACCUUCUCCCUGGAAGAAAGCAAAGAUCUUCCCCAUGCUACACAAAGUAAGAGGCAAAGAUGCAGAUUACGACAAGCUGAUGGCAGCACGCCAAGCAGAUGGAGAAGACAGCAUGGUUAUUAAAGGAAGCUAUUUUCAGAAAUCAGCAGAGGACAAACCAUUGCCCAAGAAGCCUGGCCGUGCUCUGAAGCGCCCUAGCGUUUCCAAGGAACCACGGGACCGUACGUCAAAGGAACUGAGCGAAUCAGAAUCCAAGUCAGGGAUUUCUAUUAGCGUCACUGCAGAAAGUGAAUCUGAAGAGAGUGACUAUGGAAAGAAAAGGAAAAGGAGAAGAAAAACAUCUUCCUCCAGCGAAGAGUCAUCAUCAUCUGCAAGCAGUGAGUCCCAGUCAGAUAAGGACUAUUUGAAAGUGACGUUGGACCAAGAUGAAACCAAUGAGAGUACUGUGGAUUCUGAUGAAGAAGGUGAAGAUUCAGAGUCAUCAGGAUCCUCUUCAGGGAGUGAAUCCGAGGAAACAUCUGAUCGCUCUGAAGAGUCUGGCUCACAGAGCAAAGUGUCCGAUACCGAGGAAGAGUCCAAGUCAAAGAUAUCAUCAGUGCUAAGUUCCAAGAGCAGUGAAGUUAGCUCUGUGCCACCAGUUCAAGACAAGAGCUCCGAGGCCAGUUCCAAGAAGCCUUCAUCCACAGCAGGAAGUGAGUUAGAUGACGCAGUACAAGAAGUAGCAGAAGAAGAGGAAGAAUCGUCAUCAGUUAUGGAUGAAGAGGAGACAGAUGAAACUGAAACAUCCUCCACCAUUGGCAAAAGUAGAUCAGAUCGUGGUACUACUACUACUACUACAGCAUCAGAAUCUGAAAUUCCUACUGACUCCACAUCUUUUUAG